UGACAGUAAGAAGAGACAUUUUUGGCCGCCGUUGUUUUGAGAUUCACAUCAUGAGAAAAUAACUCUUAGGCAUUUUAAGGUGCGCAGUGUCACCAGCCAGUCAUGGAUUCCGCUUUUGAGAGGCACUGCUCGGAGCUGGUGGCCCGGGAGAGGAGCGGACACACGGCCGUGGUGUGGAGGACAGCCUGCUGUAUGUGUGGGGGAUACAUGUCAGUCGCUGAUGAUGAAGUGUUUCUACCCAAUGAUGAAAUCUGGGCGUACGACCUCGAACAAGGCUCAUGGAAAGUGUUUCACAUGCCAGGGGAAGUCCCUCCCUCCAUGUCUGGGACCUGCAGCUGCUCCCUGGAUGGUCACAUGUACAUAUUUGGAGGCUGCGAUGACUUCGGACAGACCAAUCAGAUCUAUUGUGUCAACCUGACAGACGGCAAAUACACAUGGAGGAAGAUCACGCACCAGGUUGGCUCGGCUCCCUCACCUCGAGACAAACUGUCCUCCUGGGUUUACAAAGGAAGGAUCGUCUACUUUGGAGGAUACGGUCACAAACUGCUGACUGACGUGGACAGCAGGAACAGAAGCUUCAUUGUGGAUGAAGCAUCAUCAGUAGGGGACAUUUUCUGGGGAUGGAACAACGAGGUUCAUACAUUUGACCCCAUGCAUUCCAGCUGGAGUCAACCGCAGACCCACGGUCGCGCUCCCGCCCCGAGAGCUGCUCAUGCCAGCGCCACGAUUGGACGCAGAGGGUAUAUCUGUGGAGGUCGAGUCAUGGAGACCAGGACGAACGACAUCCACUGCCUUGACCUUGAAUCGUGGACGUGGUCAGAAAUAGUCCCGGCGUCGAGCGCUCCGGUGGGCAGGUCGUGGCACACGCUCACCGCCGUAUCAGACAACGGCUUGUUCCUGUUUGGAGGUCUCAGCGUGGACUGCAAACCAAUGAGUGACGGCUGGUUGUUUGAUGUGGAAACAAAGACGUGGAGAGAAGUGGAGCAUCCCUUUAAGACGAAGCCGAGGUUGUGGCACUCGGCUUGUCCAGGCAAAGACUUUGAUGUGAUCGUGUUCGGUGGAAGCUGUGACUACAUCCUCCUUGUGGACACUGGUCACUGCAACGAUGCACUUGUCUUCCAGACGCAGCCGUAUCCUCUAUUCAGGAUCUGUGUGGAUUACAUCGCAAAGAGCGCGAGGAACUCAGACCCCCUCCGACAUCAGCUGCCUCUCCUGCCGUCCAAACUCCUGACGGCAGUCCAGACGAGGAUGUGUUUCUACAGGCCGUCAAAGAGGCCGAAAUCUGAGUCACCGUGACGUCUCAAGUUGCCAACAACACAAAACUGUUUUACAUCCUUUUAUUCCAGUACUGUCCUUCCUUCAGUGUGAACAUCUCAGCCACGCUCAGGGCCGGCCUUUUUUAUUCUUCUUAAUCGGUAUUUAUCAUUUUAUGGUGUUUAAUUUUUUGGGGUUUUACAGACGCUGUGGGUUUCAUGUGUACAGUCUGCCUGCUGGUAUAUUAUAAAGAAAGUUGCUUUAAUGGCUGUGAGGAUUAAACGGCAUGCUGAACACUUUU